AUGAAAUAUAGACCAUACGUCACUAAUGUGCGCCAGCGGUGAACAUGGCGAGCAGUAAAAGAAGUGCGCUUCUGUCUUCACUAGCUGCAUAUGGGGAUGAUUCAGAGCAGGAUUCAGAUCCAGACACAGAUGAUCAAGAAUCAGAAUCUCAUGGUGGAUUGGUGUCGGCUAGUUACGGAGAGGAUGACUUGAGUCGUGUGGAGGAGGCAGAGGAGAAGCCCUCGGAAAAUGAGGAUAGUGAUGAGGACAGCACUAGAAAUUCGGAAGAGGAGGAGUCAGACUCAGGGCGGCCCCAAGAUGAUGUGAAGGAUGUCCUGGAAGUGGAGGUUAAAGACCCCAAUGAGCUUGUUGCACAGUUUUCGGAGAAGGUUCGGAACAUGUCUCCUGACGAGAUCAGAAUUCCUCCUGAACCUGCCGGGCGUUGUUCCAGUCAUCUGCAGGAAAAGAUCUUUAAACUUUAUGAACGGAAGCUUCAUGGAGACUUUGAUACAAACAGCCAUAUUCAAAUGAAGAAAGAGUUUCGCAACCCAAGUAUUUAUGAGAAGCUAAUCCAGUUCUGUGGAAUUGAUGAACUUGGAACCAAUUAUCCAAAAGACAUGUUUGACCCCCAUGGCUGGUCAGAGGAUUCGUAUUAUGAGGCUCUGGCCAAAGCUCAGAAGGUGGAGAUGGACAAGCUGGAAAAAGCCAAAAAGGAAAAGACCAAGAUUGAAUUUGUGACGGGCACUAAAAAAGGCACCACUUCUAAUGCAGCAGCUCUGGCCACAAAUGCAACAACUGCCUCAUCCACAGAUGCUCAGAAGAGGAAGAGCAAGUGGGAUUCAGCAGUGCCAGUAACCCUGGCACAACCCGCCCUCCUCACCACCACUGCCACCCUCCCUGGAGUCGUCUCUGUGACCACAACAGCCAGCGGCACCAAGACCACUGUCAUCUCUGCUGUGGGAACCAUUCAAAAAAAAGCUAAGCAAUGACAUGGGAAAAAGUGUUGAAAAUCAGUUUAAUAACAGCCGGUUUUAACUGUCUGGACAACUGGAAUGGAUGGUCUUUAUCUCAUUUUCACAAAGAGACUAUUUUGGAAAUAUCUUUAUAACGGCAUAAUUGUACCAGCCAUUUUGUGUUUCACUUUAUCUAGCUAUUUUAAAUGCAUUCAUCCGAUGGUUGAUACUUUUUUGUAUUUAAACUUCUUGGUUGUCUUUGCCCAGAUGUUUUGCAUUGAUUUCAUGUAUGUAAAAACUAUCCUGCAGCUGUCAUGCAUUGCAAGUCAUCUGAGCUUUCAUGUCUAACAUAUGAAAACUCUUUCAAACUUGGAACAAUUUUAGUAGUUUUGCAUUUUUAUUUUUUUCUUUUAGUAAUCAUUCAUUGUUUGAUAGAUGACCAGUCAGGUUUGCCUUCUAUCCGUUUCCAUUUUCAUGUUUUGGAUGGGUCACGUCACACAGAACACCAGUUAAACAUCACUGGAGUAUUCAAUCGGUAUUUUAUUACAACUGAUCAGGGCUAAUUGACUGUAUUAUUGGAUUUAUUGUGUAGACAGAUGGUGGUCUUAUAAUUUAGUGCAAGUUCAUUUUUACAAUUUUUUUUUUUCUGUCAUUUCUCUCUUUUAUUUAAUUUUAGCAAUGCAAGUAGGUUUUUUUUAAACAUGUAUGUAUUAAAAUGACUCUGUGGCUCAGCAGUGUAGAAAUAAAUGUUUUUUUUUUUUUGUAAAA